GAAAUUUCAAAUAAAGUUUUCAGUUCAAUUCCUCCAUUGAAGUGCGACGGUUGUGUGAUAGUGAAAUAAACGAGGGCAAAACAUUUGUUACUUAAAAAAAUUUUAACGGAGACGUUCCAACGUUGUUUAAGAAAUAUUUUGUUGGUGCCUGCAACCUAUGGAUAUGGAUAACUAUAUAGUUCAAGAAAACGGCAAUUACAGUGAAGGUUUACCCGAUGGUGUUCAUGAUCCGGUAUAUAUAGACUGUUAUCGCAAUUCCAUUAAUCAUCCAGAAGAUUUUUGGGCUAAGGCUGGUCAAAUGAUCGAUUGGGUUAUACCAUGGAAUCAAGUUUUGGAUAAUUCGAAUCCUCCCUUUACGAAAUGGUUUGUGGGUGGAUAUCUUAAUGCGUGUUACAAUGCCGUGGAUCGUCAUGUGCUAGCAGGGAAGUCCAAUAAGGUGGCUGUAAUACAUGAUAGUCCUUUAACAAAUACCGUGAGACAUGUCACAUAUGGUGAACUAUAUGAAAAGAUUUCUGUAUUGGCUGGUGGCAUGGCCAAUUUAGGUGUAAGUCGUGGCGAUAGGGUCGUCAUUUAUAUGCCUCUGAUUCCUGAAGCUAUAAUGGCCAUGUUGGCUACAGCCCGCCUGGGAGCCGUCCAUUCGGUGGUAUUUGGUGGCUUUGCUGCCAAUGAACUUUGCUCUAGGAUAGAACAUGCUAAGCCAAAAAUUGUGAUAGCUGCCAAUUGUGGCAUUGAACCGGGAAAAGUUAUACCUUACUUGGACAUACUACACAACGCUGUGGAGAUGUCAAAAUGGAAGCCCGAUAUGAAUAUAAUAUUUCAACGAACAACAGUAAUGGAAUCACCAUUAGAUCCAAAAACUGAUAUUUUGUGGAGCUCCGUAAUGGCGCUGGGCAAUCCCAUCGAUUGCAUUCCCGUCGAAGCUAAUGAUCCACUAUACAUACUAUAUACAUCGGGUACCACGCAAAAUCCCAAGGGAGUGCAAAGACCCGUGGGGGGACAUUUAGUGGCCCUUAUGUACACAAUGCAAACUUUAUAUGGUGUAAAUACUGACGACGUUUGGUGGAAUGCAUCGGAUUUGGGUUGGGUCGUCGGUCAUUCGUAUAUAUGUUAUGGACCUUUGUUGUAUGGUGCCACCAGUGUAAUGUAUGAAGGAAAGCCCGACAGAACUCCAGAUCCUGCUCAAUAUUAUCGUUUAAUUGAUCAGCACAAAGUAUCCGCCCUUUUCUCAGUGCCAACUUCAUUUCGUGUCCUGCGUCGUGUUGAUCCUGAAUGUACAUUUGGUAAAAAAUAUUCGCUAAAAUCAUUGCGUGCUGUUUUUGUUGCCGGUGAACAUUGUGAUUUGGAAACAAAAAGUUGGAUUGAGAAAAUAUUUAAGGUACCGGUCCUUAACAAUUGGUGGCAAACGGAAACAGGUUCAGCCAUAACAGCCACAUGUUUGGGUUUCAAUCAUAGUUUGGAUCUACCUCAGUUCACUACAGGACUUCCAUUUAUAGGAUAUAACAUUAAAAUAGUCAAAUCAGAUGGAACUGAAUGCAGCCCACUUGAGCUGGGACGUAUUGUAAUUAAACUACCCCUGCCACCUGGAAAUAUGAGCACACUCUAUGAGAAUGAUGAGCUGUUUAAGAAACUAUACUUCACCAAGUAUCCGGGUUAUUAUGAUACCAUGGAUGCCGGCUAUAAGGAUGAAAAGGGCUACAUAUUUGUUACAGCUCGAGCAGAUGAUAUUAUCAAUGUGGCUGGCCAUCGUAUAUCGACUUUGGCCUUAGAAGAUGCUGUAUUGAGACAUGCCGAUGUUGUAGAUGCCGCAGUAUUUGGUGCACCAGAGCCCACAAAGGGCCAAGUGCCAAUAUGUCUGUAUGUGCCCAGGGACAAUUGUCAGAAAGCCCCUACAAAACUUUCAGCAGAAAUUAUACAAAAAAUUCGAGAAGUGGUUGGACCCAUAGCGUCAUUCCGCUUAGUGGCACCUGUGAAGGCAUUACCACGCACCCGUUCGGGUAAAACAAUGCGCAAAGCCAUGGCUGAUUUUGCCAAAAACGAGCUGGUCACAUUGCCCGCCACAAUUGAGGAUCCCAGUGUCUUUGCAGACAUACGAAGAGCCUUGCAAUGCCUGGGCUAUGCUAUGCAUACUCCCGAUCCUGUAUUGGCUAGUAAGAAUAUAUGAAACGUUGUUCCCCCUAACUCUUAAGAGUUAAGUUGUGCUAAUAUUCGUACUUAAAUAUUUGUAGUAACUUUAAUUUAUAUCAAUUAAACAUAAACCCUAAUACUUUCAAUUUUCUUAUGAAUUAGGUAUGUAUUCUCUGUAAGUGUAUGUAUGUAUGUAUGUAUGUAAUCUAAAACAAUCAAUCAAUAAAAUUUGUGUUUGAUUAAUCGACAA